AUGCCAUCUGUCUCCAGUUGGAUACAACAGCGGCUCAAAGAACGAUUGACUAUGAUGUCAAACCUUCAUCUCUCGUGGACUGCGUCCAUGGCAGUCAUUUUCACUGCUCUUGCGACAAUGGCAGCCCUCCUGAUCUAUUGGAAUCAUACCAACAGCAAAGACAUCAUUCCCGUCUCCGUCAACUUUCACUUCACUCGUAAAUGCAAUAAGGAGUGUCAAUUUUGCUUCCACACUGAAAAGUCCUCUCACGUCGCCACGGAAGACGAGAUGAAGCAGGGGCUCAGGCUCCUUAAAAAGGCAGGCAUGCGGAAAAUCAAUUUCGCUGGAGGCGAGCCGUUCCUUUACCCGCAAGUGCUGGCUAUGCUCUGCCACUUCUGCAAAGAAGAGCUGGGGCUCGAAAGUGUGAGCAUCAUCACCAAUGGAACAAAGGUAACCAAGAAGUGGAUGGACAAGCAUGGACGGUCGGUGGACGUUCUAGGCGUCAGUUGCGACAGUUUCGACGAGCAAACGAACAUUGCUAUUGGUCGCGGUACCGGCAAUAACGUCAAACAGCUCUUCCAGAUACGUGAUUGGUGUCGUGAACUGGGUAUCAAGUUCAAGUUGAAUACGGUCAUCUGCGUGCACAAUUGGCAAGAAGACAUGGCAGACAUGGUACAAGAACUUGACCCCUUCCGAUGGAAGGUCUUCCAAGUCCUUUACGUCGAGGGAGAGAAUGAUUCUUCGGAUGACCAGGUCAAUGUGAAUAAGCGAAAGCGAAACGCCAAGAAGCUUCUCAUCUCGGAUGACCAGUUCAAGGCAUUCUGCGAUAAACAUCGACACCUUGCCUCAUUUGUACCUGAGCCAAACUCGGUCAUGGCUUCUAGUUACCUUCUCCUUGAUGAGUAUCUUUGCUUCCUUGACAAGGGCACCGGGCCUGAGAAGCAGUCACGGUCAAUUCUAGAGGUUGGAGUGCAGAGGGCAUUGAGCGAGGUUCACUGGGACCAGCGUGCCUUCAAUGAGCGUGGCGGUGUGUACGAUUGGACCAAAGCGGUCGAGGAAGAUGCGGAAGAGGUGUGCGGCUCUAAGGGAUUGUCGUGGUGA